UGGUUCGCGAUUGAGUUCGAAUCUCGACUAGAUUAUGUGUCUGUUGUAGCUUUGGAGUGUGGUAAGACCUAAAGUUAUUAGAACUUGUGAGUAGAUUGUACAGUUUUGUGCUAAGUGUUGUUCUGUACAAGUUGUAGUUGUCCUUUGUGCUGAGACUACUAGGAUAGCAUAGCAAACACCAUCAGAAUGUUAUGUGGUUGGAAUGUUGUUAUGCAUUUGCCUCUGCCAGUUUGCCCGACGAACUAGUGAACAGGGUGGAGUUUGAUGGGCUGUUUGGAGUUAUGCAGGGAAUAGUGGACAUUGACUUCUCCCAGUUCUCUGUCACUUCAAUUCUAUUACUAUGUGUUAAACAUAGGGAAAAUAUAUUAUUUAUAAUCAUGUCAGUUGUUACUUCUCAGCACUUGUUUCGUGAUAUUGUUUUCAAUGUCCCUGCCUAUCCUAUUUUUGUGUUGUUUCUCUUGAAUAAACUUCUAAACAAUUCUGUGCUUCAUAGCUUGCUAACCCUGAAAUCGGUGGUCAUUCCGACUCUAUUGUGGAUUCUACCUGAGCAAUGCAAUCAAAUGGGUGGACAGCAUCUUUGUGAUCACAAGGCAGCUAUAGCUAUUUAUUCAUUCUUACGCUCGGGCCUUGUUGAGAUUUUUUAUGUAUUUUGGUUUUAUCCACUUUACGUCUUCAGCUUCAUAUUAAGUACGCUUUGGUAUAAUGACAUUGCCAAGCAUGCUUUGGAUGUUGUGAAAAGGAAGAGCCUGGAUUCAACUCGAGCGUUGAAUGCUCACAACAUAACUGAACCAGAAGACCAACCUGAAGGAUUUGACAGGGUUGCACUUGGUAUAGGGGAACAGGUCUAUUCAAUCCUCCUUUUGACCAUUUUCUUUGUUGAGGUUUCAGUGAUUGGUUAUGUACCUUACUUUGGCAAGGCAAUGAACUUCCUGCUGCUGUCAUUGAUGUAUGCCUACUAUUGCUUCGAGUACAAGUGGAACUUCUUUGCAGUGAGUCUGAAUAAAAGGCUUGAGUUCUUUGAAUCAAAUUGGGCCUUCUUUGCUGGAUUUGGGGCUCCAUGUGUUCUACCAAUUUUCUUCUUCUCUCCUCUUACAAGUUAUGGACUUAUGGCCAUACUUUACCCGUUGUUUGUCUUGACUGCUGCAGGCACUCAAGCUGAGCAAGUAAUUGAUGAACUGAGAACUGCACAUGAAGGGAAACUACAAAGAAUACCUGUGUUCUUUGUUGCAAAGCGACUAACGACACAGGCACUGCAGCUGUUUCCAGUGGUGCAGAAAGAAGAAUGAAAGAUCCACAAUAAUACUCAAGGAAAGAUGCCACUGGGUUGUGCUUAUCACAACGCUGCUGUUUCAAAGAAGAUGCUGCAUUGUGCUUGUCACAAAGCUGCUUGUUGAUAAGCUGCCCGACUCUCCAUAAUGCGGAAUGGGCUGUAUAUAUUUUCGCACACUGUAAAUACCCUGUAACACUGCUGCUGUAACAUACAUACAUUUCUGCUAAAUGGAAGCUUUGAGGGGGGGGGGGGGGGGGGGGGGAGGGAGGUACCGCGUUGUCUACAUGGUACCCACCCAUAUUUAUGUACUCUAUUUAUGUGCAUACGAAUUGCAUCUUCUCUCUCCAUCCAUUUACUGGUGUCAGUUGUAGAUUUGGUACCAGAGUUUCAUACAUUUGCUCUCAUUUUACACCAA